UCCGUUUUUUUUUUUCUUUUUCGGACCUCCACUGCGACCACCAUGGCGGGCAAUCGAGUACCAUUCGAGCCUGAGACAGGUGGUGAGAGAGAACGGACGCUCAGCCAGUCGAAGCUUUGGAAAUGGGCGGAGAGAGGCCAGAAGGUGACGACCGGCACGUCGCACAGCUCGUGGAGGUUGCGUUCCAGUCUGUGCAACAAAGAGUUUGUCGGCACGCUCAACAAAGUCGUGAAUCACCACACCCAAACGUCGGCCAAUGCCCGCUGUCCCCGUACCACCGGUGAGAUUCUUUCUGUGAUUCGGAGCAAGCACCCGAAGGUGAAAUUGCUCCCUACGCUGGUGGCGAAAUUGAACGAGUACUACGACUUACAGGGUCGUCUGGCAAAUGUUGAGGAUCCGCAGGAUCUUGCAUCGGGUGAUGGAGCUGGUGCAUCGGGGGAGCCCGGCACGUCGUCGGCAGUGGGAGACGGUGGCCGUGACACAGGUUCAACAGGGGGGCAAAGCUGUGGUGUCGGUUAUGAUUCGACAUUUGUUCAACGGCAGGAGAGGGCAGAUUCUGUUGCCUAUGCAACCGCUUCGGAUUCCAGGGGGCCUGACCUCCCGUCGGAGAUUGCUGACCACCUGCGGGGUCCCGUUCUCGCUGCCGCUCGCCCUCCGCGACCUCCAUCGGGUGCGCAACAGCCGUCCAUGACCAGUUACGUAGUGGAUGAGCUGCAGAAGGACUUCGACCAGGGGGUUGCUUCGUUCUUCUUUGAGAAUGCCAUCGACUUCAAUGUCGCGCGGUCAGACUCGUACAAGAACUUGGAAAGGAUCAUGAACCUGGCAGCGAGGUCGAGGAAGAUUUUGCGAAUGUCGGGGUACAACUACUUGAGGACGAAGGCCCUGCCCACGGAGUACAAAGUGGUGGACAAUAAUUUCGACAAGAUCCGAGAGUCGUGGGAUGUCACAGGCCUCUCCUUGAUGACGGAUGGCACAACAACGACCAGCAACAGGCCAGUCAUGAACUUCGUUGCAGCUGGCGAUUCGAGGGCGGUCAUGGUGAAGAGUGUGGACAUGGAGGGGAAGGACAAGUCGGCUCCGGCUUUGGCGAGGAUGUGGGAAGAGGUCAUAAGGGAGUUGGGGGUGCAUGGGGUCAACGCCAUCUGCACCGACUCAGCACAGGUCAACAUUGCUGCCAGGAAGAUUUUGGCUGAGCACGAGGACCCUGCGAUCAGUAGCAUUCCAUGGGUGUCGUGGACAUGCCAUGUGUGCAACUUGCUCAUGUCUGACAUUGCUUCGGUGUCAUGGGUCGGGGAGGUGAUUCUGCAGGGCAGGGAGAUCACAACCUUCAUCAAGAGACAUCAGCGGGCGUUGGCGAUGUUCCGGAAAAGUGGGAGGGAGUACAUGACACGGAUGAACAUCAAAGAAGGGAGGCCGACAGCAGCAACACGGGCGCGGUCGUGCAAGGAGCUAAUACGAGACCCUGCUUGGUGGUUGACCGUGGAGAGGGCAUGCACCUUGCUUGAGCCCAUUUUCGCCUUGAUGAAGAACAUGGACAGAGAUGGGAGGAUGGGUAUGCAGGUGUGGUCGUUGGGCAUCACGCUGGAGAAGAGAAUGGCCGUGCUACCCAUGGGUUGCGAGACAAGGGAGUUUGUGAUGGCGAAGGUCAAAGACCAUGUGCGGAUGAUGGCUCUGCCUGUGCAUGCAGCGGCUUGGAUGUUGCACCCGCUCCACCGAUCACCUCGACUCUUCGACGACAUGGCGUGCGAGGAGAUUGCGAACACUUUGACACACUUUGCUUCGUUUCCCCCGAAGAAUUCAAAGGAGUACAAAGAGUGUUGGAACUCCCUUAAGAGUUUCCAUCACAUGGAUCCGGAGUGGUUCGGGAAGAAAUUUGAGGAGGCUUUGACGGGCGGUCACGUGUCUAUGGCGCAAUGGUGGUUGACUUAUGGGAAGAGGCACCCAACCUUGAUGAAGAUCGUUGUCAAAGUGCUCAGCAUGUGGACCACAGCCUCUCCUUGUGAGAGGAAUUGGUCCACGUUCGAUCUCAUUCACUCUAAGAGGAGGAAUCUGUUGAGCCUGGAGAACCUGAAGAUGCUCGUCUUCAUCCACUGGAACAAGAAGUUGCUGCGCAUGUCAAAGGUGAAGAUAGGAUUCGUGAACACGGAGCAGCUAGAGUGGGAGACACCCGAGGACGACGCUCCUUUCGACGGUUUCAUGCGAGACGGGGAGUACGACCCCGCAAAGGUGAAGAGGAGGGCUGCCAACUGGUUGAAAUCUCGAGGGCGCAGAUCGAAGAGCACCAGAUUCGACGUGCGGGAGAUUCAGGAGGAGAGGGCGGAUUACGGGGCAUGGCUCUUUGAUAUUUCCUACCGCCCUCGCCAUCUCGCGGAUGACGACAGCUGGAAGACCUCCGCUGCUGUUGAUGAGGAGGAGGACGACAGAGACGACAACGAUGGUGAUGAUGAGUUACUCGAAGUGCAGCUCACAGACAAGCGGUUUGUCAGGUGGUCGGGUGGCGGGUCAUGUUCCGCGACACAUGUCAACAUCACGCCGUUGGCUGGCCCUGCAUCCGGUGGCCCUUCGGCGGUUGCUACGGUGUCAUUGAUGGGCAACACUGGUGCCCGUACACGACUGCGCAGCUGCGCGGCCGGUGAUGUGGCUUCAGUUCAUGGCACCAGCACAGUCUUGGGCGUGCAACACACUCCUCACCGGCGACCUGCGGUCGAGGAACCACCCACAGGGCGAGGGGCGACAGACGGGGGAUCGACGAAUGUUGACAGGUACAAUGUUGUUGCGGGGGAUGUUCGAAACUUUGGUGUGUCCACGGACGUUCCGGUUUCCGGCGCUGCUGAACGUGAGGAUGGAGACAUCGGUGCGGACAAGGACCACCCGGUCCCUGGAGCAGCGGAGGGCACCCAGUGUACCGGCGACGAUGUGUUCUCCACUCCGGACCCGGGGUUGCCGCCGGCUGACGGAUUCGCCUCCCUAUUGCAGCUCGUGGCCCCCAUUGCUGCAAGAAGCUCCAAGAAAGACUUCGGGGAACACCUGGUUGCGAUGUCCCCCAUGAGGAGUGAUUCCAAGUGACAAACUCCGAAUUGGGCCAUAGUCACUGGGCAGACUUCGGAUUGGGCCAGAUUCACUGGACCGACCCCUCCCGAUCUGCUGUUGAGCAAGGAUAUUCCCACAGAGGCCGGGGACGGAUCGCAGGGUAUAGUGUACAGGAGGAGGGCCCGAGCUGCUGGACUUGACCACCCACAAGAUGCAGCUGCAGAACGUGAGCCAUCGUCACCGCCCGAAAUCAACGCGAGUUUGGUGC